GGAAGACCGCAACCAACCAGCACUGUCAUUCUCCGAGUACCAGCCAUGAUCCAAACACGGCUUCGUUCAGGGGCAGCUGCUGCUAAAAGGAUCUCGACGCUGACAUCCGAUGUUCCUGCGGUAAAAACAAAAAAGAAAUCGAACCAGUCGAAUCGAACCAACGGAGGUGAAGACAAGCCCAGGGUCAAAGAGGACAUACUUGAACAAGCCACAUCAUCUAAGAAGGUUUCCCAACGUAAAGCGAGGUCGGUGCCCGUCAAAAUAGAGUACUCCGAUGGUGCUCUGAAAGAAGAACACUCGGCAGGAGCCUCUCCCUAUUUCACCUGGAAGCCAGACAACUGGGAGCAAGUCCUGAGUAACAUCCGCCAGAUGCGGCAGGAAAGAGAGGCGCCUGUGGACACCAUGGGUUGCGACAAGUGUCCAGACCAGACACUUCCAGAAAAGCUGGUGAGGUACCAGCUCUUGGUGUCACUGAUGCUGUCAAGUCAGACGAAGGACGAGGUGACCCACGCCGCAGUGGGCCGUCUGCGGGACUUUGGACUGACCCCCGAAGUCGUAUCGGCUGCUGAAGAGAAACAGUUGGAAGAGCUGAUUUACCCCGUCAGCUUCUACAAGAACAAGGCCAAGCACCUGAAGAGGACGUCACAGGUCCUGCUGGACGAGUACGAUGGAGACAUUCCGGACAGCAUAGAGGGGCUGUGCAAGCUUCCAGGGGUGGGCCCCAAGAUGAGCUACCUAGCCAUGAGCUGUGGCUGGAAGCGCACGGUCGGCAUUGGAGUGGACACGCACGUGCACCGCAUCUCCAACUGGCUCGGCUGGCUGCCGCAGGCCACAAAGACCCCCGAGCAGACAAGGAAGGCACUGGAAGCCUGGCUUCCGAGAGAUUUGUGGGACGAGGUGAACCAUCUUCUGGUCGGAUUCGGGCAGACGGUGUGCAAGCCCGUGGCGCCAAAGUGCUCCUCGUGCCUUAAUCUCCAGCUCUGUCCAUACGGAAGGAAACAAGUCAAUUCCAAGAAGAAUUCCAAGAAGGAGGCAACUUGAACUGAGGUUUUUGACUGUAAGUGCCUCAUUGUGUUGCGUUUGCUGAAGUUAGAACAUUUUUAAAAACAUGCAAGUAUAAAAAGAAAAAAGUACCCUACCCUAGAGUAUGACUUUACUUGCCUGGUUGUUCCGUCGUAUACACAGACAUGUCGGGCGUUUUUGAGUAUCUAUUAAAUUUAUUCAUUGAUUGAA